CCUGCAUGGGAUUCGAACCUGCGAACCCACGCAGAGUAAUUAGAGGUGCGGUGGCGAGCGUAUUCCUAACGCUUAGCCCGUUGAGCCACACUGCCGCGCCCAUCCCUGGUAGACCUAAUUUGUUCGUCUUUGAUGGUAACUGAAAAUCUCCUGAUUGUAAAGUUACUUGACUAGUUUAGGUACUACUGUACUACAGUACUAAACUGAAGUUUGACGGAACUGUGAUGUGAAUGUUGCGGAACAAUGUUCGGGCAUUUCUUAUUUGUAGCAAAAUUGGGAUAUAGUCUAGGCUAUAUUUAUAUGUAAUGUUGGAUUUAUAGAACUUUUUUGUGUAUACUAAAAGUAUUGAAAAAGACAGAAAGACCUUGAUGCUGUAAAGAUGGAGGUUGAUGGCCCACAUACGAAUUCAUCUGAGUUGACAUUUCUAGAGGGAUUUCGCGCAACAUUCUAUGUUGUUAUGCCUUCAGACAUAUUUGAAAAAAUGAGUGAAGUUCCGAAUUAUAUUACUGCUGCGAUUCCUCAUUUUUUCAUUCUUAUCUCUUUGGAGAUGAUGAUUUUGUACCAGAAAGGAAAGGAACUUCGUAUAAAUGAUAAAAUAACCAGCAUUGGGGCUGGUAUGUACAGUCAAGUGUUGGAACUUGCUGGUUUGAAGUCGAUUGAGUUUACUUUAUAUGUUUACAUUUAUAACCAUUAUCGUGUGUAUGAGAUGGAGUGGAAUUCUAUAUGGACUUGGAUUUUCAUGGCAUUGGCAUAUGACUUUCUAUAUUAUUGGUUUCACAGACUAGCUCAUGAAGUGAAUAUUCUUUGGAACACCCAUCAAACACAUCACAGCUCUGAAGAUUAUGUGUUGACAACAGCGUUACGUCAAUCUGCUUUCCAAACAUAUGCUUCAUUUAGCUUCUACCUUCCAGCAGCAUUGCUUAUACCACCCAGUUCUUUCAUGGUGCACAGACAAUUGAAUCUGCUAUAUCAAUUUUGGAUUCACACAGAACUUGUUGAUUCACUUGGACCUCUGGAAUAUAUCUUGAACACGCCAAGUCAUCACCGAGUGCAUCAUGGUAGGAACCCAUACUGCAUUGAUAAAAAUUAUGCUGCUGUUCUUAUCAUAUGGGACAGGAUGUUUGGUACUUUUCAGCCUGAAAAAAAGGAUGAGAAAGUUGUAUAUGGGCUAGUGCAUCCCAUUGAUACAUUUGACAGCAAUGCCAUUCAGGUUUCCCAUUACAUGAGUUUCUGGAAAAGAUUGCAACAGCAUGAAACUAUUGGAAAUAAAUUGAGAUUUAUUUUCUAUGGACCUGGUUGGAGUCCUGGAACACCUCGGCUUGGUAACCCCGAAGAUUUACCAAAGAUUGUGUAUCCUGUUAAUGUCUAUAACCCAGAUGUUAGUGACUGGUUAAGUGCAUAUACUAUGCUGCAUUUUCUGGUUGCUGUGUCUAUCUUCAGUCAGGCAACGUUUCUUCACUCAUCUUUGCCAACAUCAGCUAUUAUUAGUUCGUCAAUAUUCAUUUUAUCAAGUUUAACUUGCUUUGGAUACUUAUUUGAUAAGAGACCGUUUGCGCAGUUUACGGAAUUGUCAAGAUGUGUACUGUCAUCUUCUUUUAUGAUCAUGUAUUUCUUUGAUGUGUCGAAAAACAUGAGGAUUCCGGAAAUCAUACUGGCAGCGGUCAUCGGUCUAUUCCUUUUGUCGGCAGUCAUGUGGAUAGUGAGGAUGCUCAGUAGUGCUGAUUCCAAGAGGAAAUCAUUGUAGUUCUUCAAAUUUUAUAUAUAUAUUAAAUCAUUCAAUUCUUCAUUUUUCUUCAAUUCAUUCAUAUAUUAAAUUUCACUUUUUUAAUUCAUUCAUAUUUCCACUUUUUAUGGAAACUGAAAAUAAUCUGCCUAUGCACAUUUUAAAUUGAUACAAUUCAUUUUAUAUUACAAACAUUCAACAAUAAUAUGCAUGAUGUUAACCUGAUAAUCAAUUUCAAUAGUACUUACGAAAGCGAUUGUUUAAUUAGAUCAGGCGGUGGGCAACCUACGGCCGCGUGCCAGAUCCGGCCCAGCCUGCGAUGCUUCACUGAAUUAUAUCGACAAAAUGACUGUUUCCACGAUUAUAUUCUUCAGGUGACAGAAUUUUUUGUGAGAUACGUGCAGACUAAAUUAUAUUAUAACCUAACAAUUUAAUGAACAAGCUACUCGUUCAAAGAGCUUACACUGUAAUUAUAAUUAGACAAAUGUCAACAAACUCAGAAUAGUUGAUGCUGAAUGCAGCGGGUUCAAUGGCGCAGAAAAUAUUGAAUGCAAUGAGGAAAUAUGAUCCAUAUUCUAUUCGAGAGGUGUAUCACUGCUUGAUUUUUAUGAUGAGUAUCUUCUUGAAGAAAAACUCUAUUCAAAUUUAAUAAUAUAUGUGUAGGCUUUUACAAUCAAUCAAUUUU